CCCCGCUCCUCUCCUCCCCCUUCUUCCUCCUCGCAGUUGCAGAUAGGUUGCAGGGUGUUGGAAGAAAUUUCUGGUUACGAGGGUUUAUUCGGGGCUGCCAUUUCCUGCUUCCUCGCAUGAUUCAUAGGCAAACUGGUAGGAGAAGAAGUAGGGCGAUGGUGUGAUGUCUGACUGGUGGGUGGUUCUUGCAGCUUCUUGAUUCUUUGCUUCAGGAACAGGCAUGGACAGAAGGAACCGAUCAGCUCCUUUGGUUGAUACUUUGGCAUGCUUGUGCCGGGUGAACAAAUCAUCCGCCGCCGCCGCGGCGAGGCGCAUCCCGGUGUCGAAGGCGUGCGUGCAACCGAGCCUCAUGGCCUCCAUCCACCCGUUGAAGCUGAAGGCAUCGCCGCGGCAGAGCGACCGGAGCCGCGGCGGGCAAUGUCCGCUGCUCCCGAGCCUUCCCGAUGAUCUCGCCAUUGCUUGUCUCAUCCGGGUGCCCAGAGCUGAGCACUGGAAGCUGAGACUGGUGUGCCGGAGGUGGUUCCGCUUGCUCGCUGGCAACUACUUCUACAGCCUUCGCCGGCGGCUCGGGCUCGCCGAGCAGUGGGUGUACGCCGUCAAGCGCGACAGGGACGGGCGCGUGUCGUGGGACGUGCUCGACCCGGCGCGCGGGACGUGGCGCGCGCUGCCGCCCGUGCCGCACGAGUACGCCAACGCCGACGGGUUCGGCUGCGCCGUGCUCGGCGGCUGUCACCUGUACCUGCUCGGCGGCACGGACCCGCUCAGGGGCCCCAUGCGGCGGGUGGUGUUCUACAGCGCACGUAGCAACCGGUGGCACCGCUCGCCGGACAUGCUGCGCCGGCGGUAUUGCUUCGGCGCGUGCGUGAUGGGCAACCGCCUGUACGUCGCGGGCGGCGAGAGCGGGGGCGGCGGCGGCGGCCUCAGGUCCGCCGAGGUGUUCGACCCCGCCAAGAAUCGGUGGUCGUUCCUGUCCGAUAUGGCCGCGGCGAUGGUGCCGUUCGUCAGCGCGGUGCACGGCGGGAGGUGGUACGUGAAGGGGCUCAGCGCGCAGCAGGAAGUGCUGAGCCAGGUGUACUCGCCGGAGGCCGACGCUUGGUCGGUCGUGCUCGACGGUAUGGUCACCGGCUGGAGGAGCCCCAGCGCGUGCCUCGACGGCCGGCUUUUCGCCGCCGACUGCAAGGACGGCUGCAGGCUGAGGGCCUACGACGAGGCCUUGGACGCGUGGACCACCUGCUUUGAAAGCAAGCAGCACGAGGGGAGCUCCCAGGCGGCGGAGGCGGCCGCCAUUGUCGCCCUCCACGGCAAGCUCUGCGUCGUCCGGAACGACAUGAGCGUCUCGGCCGUCGACGUCGCUGCCGGGGCGGGGAACCAGCGGUGGGAGACCCUUGCCGGCAAAGCGCGUGUCAAGAGCUUCGUCACGGAUCUCUUGCCCAGCAUCGCCGGUCGCGGCCGCGCCAAGAACCACAUCCUCCAUUGCCAAGUUCUUGAGGCCUAGCUAGGAAUGCUUCAUGCGUUCUGUUCAGAAUUGCUCACUGAACAGGUGAAAAUUGUUCGUCUUUUGUGCAGAAUUUACUUGUGAGAUAGACAUCUGAAGGAUGUGAUCAGUGAUUCAGUAUACAGUUCAUAUGAUAUGAUACUACACAGAAUUGGUUAGAGAAAGCGAUCUGAUGAAAUAAUGCAAAGUUUGAUUUUUUUUUUUUCU